ACUAAAAGAUUUCUAUUUUCACGUUUUUUUUUUCUUUUAUCACUUGCCUACUUUCUUUCGUGCGUUAUAUUUGGCGUCUCCUUAAGAAGCGGUUAUAUGCUGCAUGGGUGGCUUGUUUUUCAUUUGUUAGACUCUGAUACCUGUUGUUUUUCUCACAAUUCUCUUUGGGUUUCUCGCUGAGAGCUUCAAUGGGUUCUUCAUCCCCUUCUUCCUCCUUCUCUUCCUCUGCUUCGUCGUCGUCCUCCUCCUCAUCUUCUUCUACAGUGAACAACCCCAACAUCUGCAUGCACUGCAACUCCUACAUUACAACCUUGGUUAACGGGUGGCCUCUCGGUGAUGGUACUGUAGCUCAACUCUGCCACCGAUGCGGCAUAUUCUAUCAAGAAGGAACCUUUUGUGAGACAUUUCACAGGAACUGUACGGGAUGGUUAGAGUGUGCAGUUUGCCUGAAGAAGUUGCAUACUAAUUGCAUUGUGUCAAGGUCAGAAGUUCACUUCAAGUUGUUUGGAAGACUUUGUUGCAAGGUUUGUGCAAAGAAACUCAUACGAAGAUGAAUAUUGGCUUUCUGUUGCUAUGCUUUCUAUAAGCUCAAAUCUAUGAUACAAAUGUUGUUGUCAAUCUUAUCAUUCCUCAGUACUUGCUUCAG